AAUCUGAAGUCAAAAUCAUAAAGUCGAAAAUGCUAAAAUGGAUGAAAUGCUUCUUGCUUGUGAUUUUAUUUUUGUAGUGUGAAGAAGGUUGAAAUUUGAUAUUUUGGUUUUGUUUAUUAUUCAAAAUAUCAGUGUCAUGAGUGGAACUAACAAAAUGGAUUCAAAUUUGACUGGCAUGUGGGUUAGCUUCUUCACCGCAGCUGGUAUCCCAUCUGACGUCUCUGCUACAUAUGCCCUAACUUUUACGGAGAACAGAAUCCAAAAUGACAUGCUUUUGGACCUCAACAAGGAGUACCUUCGAGACAUGGGCAUUACUAGGAUGGGAGAUGUAAUUGCCAUAUUGAGACAUGCUAAACAAGUCCACGAGAACACAGCUCGAGACCGGGUGCUGGGCACGGCCACCCCAAAGGUGCCAGUGGCUGCUGUCACUGGCCGGUCUACAGUUACGCAGCCAUCAUCACCGGCGUCGCGCAUGUUGGAGCACUACACGCGGCAGGCGCCCGCAGCGCCGCGCGCGCCGCCCGCCCCCGCACCAGCCCUCAAUAAGAGGAAACUCACUGACGCUGGCCUCGAUUCAGACACAGGCAUCAAGAAGACCCGUCUCAUACGCUUCGCGUCGCCGCCACAAUCUGCAGUGAAAGAAAGUAAUUCAAACAAAGUGACAGUAUUCUCCCGGCUUGGAAGCUCUGAGAUAACCAAAGCAGUUUCAACAAAAGCAACAGUCAAACCGAUUUACGAACGACUCGGUUCAAAACCCGACGGGAAACCGGCGCCGGACUCUGUCAUACCCGUCCCUAAAGACGCCUUGAAGUACGAAGGCAUCUUGAAGAGCACCUCCUUUGUGAAGAAAGUGGUUACAGUAACCACAUCGAAGAACAAUGUACGUCAAAUCGCAAUGGGAUGUACCAUGAGGGCGGAUGAGACACCACUCAGUGUGAAAGAGAAGCUAGCUCUCCCCAAAUCCAAGUCAGUGAAGUUUUCCAACCAAAUUGAGUACAAAGAAAUUGAGCCUAACCAAAAAUCGGUCGUUAAGCCCAAAGUUUUUACUCCGAAAGCAAGUAUGGUCUUUAAUAAACCAGAGAGAAGGUUGUCUAUGCCCGAUGGGGAUAAUGUCAAAGCUAGAUUAGGCUCCAAGAGUGUUAACGCUAACAAUUUAACUAUAACAAGGAAUGUUUUUAAUAGGCUAGGUAUGUGAUCUGUGUGUGGAUUGUGCAUUAACAAUUUUUGAAAUAUUAGAGCAAAUCGGAAAUGUGAGUGUGUCUGUCUAGUUAAUUUGUAUAUUUAUUUCGUCAUCUGAUAUCAUUAAAUUGUUGAUUUAGCCUAUUUCCGAGUUAGGUUAAAAUAUUUAUAACACGACGCCAUUCAGUUUCAGAUCUCACAUUCAUAUUUUCGUGCAUAAUUCGUAGAAUGCUCGACUACUUUCUACACUGUUUUUCUCACAUCAGACACAGUGCCUUUAGUCUCUAAGAGUGCGGUCCCAUUGCUCCGUUAUGCUAUGUCGCGUUGCUUUACGUCGUCAGAUCAACGCAGAACAAUGCUGAAAUUGUAUGUCGAAUUAUGUCAAAAUAACGGAGCGAUAAUGCGCUGAAUCAACGGAGGCAAUGCGGCCAGGCCUAGUCGCCGAAUUUUGUAUGUAUAUUCUGUCAAAUAUUAUUAUAAGAUAUCGACUCGAAUUAGGCAACACAGAUGCCUAAUUUGCGUCUGAUGUUUGAAGAUUUAGGCAACACUAAUGUUGAAUAUUUUUGUUUGACUUAGUAUAGUAUUAAUUACAUACAUUAUAUAUAUAGUAUUAAUUAAAUUGGUUGACAUUUAAGGACAUUUGAUAGUUUAACAAAAAUAAGAUUUAAUUACGAUUGACAUUGAAAAAAUUAUGAAUAAUAGUGUUAGAUAGGCAAUAUCGGUGCAUAAUGUUCAUAUUUAGUAACUAGAUUUGUGAUUUUACAAGUCCAAGACUACCUCAUUACGUUUCUGAUUCACAUUUUUAUACUCCAUCGAUACGGCAAGUCAAGUGAAAAGAAGAUUUAAGGCUAUUUAUGUAGCCUCCACAUAUAAUUAUAGCAUAGCUUAGCAUAGGCUCACUGAAAAUAUGAGGUAAUGUAAUUAUGUUAUUUUAUACGUAAUUAUUUUCUGGAGUAUUUCUAAUUGGCUCAUAAAUCAUACGCAAAAUAAUGUUUGAAUUCGAAUCUCUAAUUUAUUCCAAUUUAGGAAACAUGUAAUGCCGGCUCCACACUGUCGUCGAACAGUUUGGCAAACUUUUGUGGAUUCGGUUAUACAUCGCUGGUUUUUCAUUGCGGUAAAUAAAAGCACUCAUACUAAACUACGCAAUGUUCACGCGUUCGCGUCCCACGUGUCUGAGUUCGGCGAUCGUGUGGAGAAAACCAUCGUUCAGAAACUCGCAUGCAAAAUUGGUAACUUACAUUGUUUUUGUUCAGAACAUUACCGCAUUUUUUAUGUAUUUUAAAAUGUAACAGUUGACUUUUGUCAAUGGUUUGUAAAUAUGAAAUUGUAAUAGGUUUAUAAAGAGGGAGAUAUCAGCAGCGCCCAUCACAGACGUGUGUGCGAGGAGUGUGAGUGUAGAGGAAACGUAAGAUAAAGAUAUAUGUAAGGAUUGUGGCAAGUUUAUGUCAUAAAAUAAAAUAACCACACUCUGAGCCGCAACUUAAUAUUAAAAUUAAUGAGAAUUACCUGAUAUUCAUAAAAAGUUAAAGUAUGUAAUUUCACUAUCGGACUUUACAAAAUGUGAUAUUGAUAGAAAGAGACAAAACAUACUUUAGCAGUACGUUUCGUCCUUUUUGUGAAUAACAGGAUUAAAUUGUUACAGUCUUAACCUGGACCUCAAUCUGAGGUUAAGGUACGGAUCGCGUGGAUUGUUUCUAACGAGUUUGUACUACUAAUGCAUUUUAACAUGUGAAGGCAACUUUUGUCUCUUUUUGUAGAGUAACAAAACCAUAUUGUGGAUGUAAAUAUUAUUUUUUAAUAAAGAAACGAACGUUUUCA